AUGGACUAUGCUGCAUUUGGUGAUGUAUUGGUAUUUGAUACAACUUAUCGUACAAAUCAGUAUAAGAAGCCAUUUGUGAUUCUAGCUGGCGUGAGUAACCAUUUUAUGACAAUCAUAUUUGGAUGUGCUUUGUUGCCUGAUGAGACAAUGGAGGCAUACACGUGGGUGUUGGAAACGUUAAUGGAGGCUAUGGAUGGACAAAGACUCAUCUCUAUUAAAAAUGCCUCAACAAAUGUCCACAUACCAGAAUUUACUAAUGAUUUCGCACAGUUGAUGUUAAAGAAAUGUAAAAUUGUUGAGUUUGACAAUGCGUGGGCUCGUAUGGUGAAACAAUACAAGUUGCAGAACAAUAACUGGGUGUUAGAGAUUCACCGCAAGCGUGAUAAGUGGGCUGAGGCAUAUCUUCGUGGUCACAUGGCUCUUGCUAGGAUGCGUGUUAAUGAGGCAGAAACAGAAUCUAAAACAGAGAAUAGUUUCUUGGUUUUGACUACGCCAUUGAGAAGUUUGGAAAAACAUGCAGCUGAGCUCUUUAAUCGGAAGAUUUUUUCAUUGUUUCAACGUGAAAUCAGCAAAGAGGGUAAAUUGUUUGUGAUGGAAAGAGUUGAGUUGGAGGAUCGUCGCACCUAUCGUUUUGGUGAGUACAAGGCACCAACAAUCACAUGGAUGGUUGAGUAUUUUCCAGCAGAUAUCACAAUAAAAUGUUGCUGCUUGAAGUUUGAGUUGUUUAGCAUCCCUUGUUGCCACAUGAUUGCUGUCAUGAAAUCUGAACAAUUAAUGUGUAUUCCACCGAGUUGUGUCUUGAAGAGAUGGACAAGACGUGGUAGGUCAGGAUAUCAACAACCAAGUCUUACCCAAAUUUCUAGCACCCUAACACAGACAGCCCGGUUCGGUAUACUGAGCUCAUGUUUUAGUGAAAUGUCAUAUUAUGCCUCACACGCAAACAACGAUUUUGAAGAGGCAAGGGAAAUGGCUUUCUAG